GGCAUUGGUCGAUAUUAAUCAGACAUUCGGAUAGAUCUCGGCAGUUUUCCACCUUGGUUUUGUGUUUGUGUAGUAACCGGAACGUGGAUAAAUACAUGAACUAUGCGGAAUGUAAAUAAGUCCUGACAUACAAUGAUACAUGGGUUGAUCGGUAUAUUUUCUACACACGCUGAUAUGGUUGUGUACAUGUUUAUCAAAUCAAUGGCAGAUUACUUAUGGUGACGGGAAAAGACGCCACUGAGGGCACAAAGAUUCGUGUGUCGAGGGGCAGGAUGAACCCAAAAGGCGCCCUGCCCCGGCCACAAAAAGUAUUUUUGUGGGAAGACAAGCCUAGACUCCUCCGAGAUAUCUUGUCCACUGGUCGUCUGCCUUUUGUGGCGAAACAUCAUGAAGGGGAUUUAGCGAAAUACAUAAAAACAUGGAAACGUCCCAACGACAGUGCCGACGACCAAAUUGUGCACUUUGUAGACACGAAGACUCAUCAAAUGGUCGUCUGCAAAAAGAUGGUUUGGGACCGGAAAUCCUCCGAAUACGUCACGGCAAACAAGAGGAUGGAGAUCCGGUCCUCUGUCAAAGGUUGGUUUGAAGUUUUGCCAGAGGACGGCCGGCCUGUGGAAUAUUUUGACUCCAUACAAGCGAUCGCCAAUGUCAAACCGCGGCGGUUCCUGGUUCGAACCUCCGUGGUUGGCUAUCAGCUGAGUCUUGACGCUGGGGUUGGAUCGUGGGUGCCGCUGGAGAUCUCCCCGGGACAGGUACUCACCACCGGCAUUGUUUAUAUGGACCAGAAAAAAAGUAAAUCGAAUGUUAAGAACUUCUUCAAGAAAAUUAUCAAACCGGCAAAAUAUUCUCAAAAGGACCAAGAAUUAAAGUAUCUCCAGUGUUUCGAUUCAAACGCUCAGGAAGUGAUGAUACCGCUUAUUAUGACGGGUGUGUUCAGUCCUGUUGGAGAUCUAACGAAUAAUGAUUUUGAUUCUGUCUAUGAACUCCAAGAUUUAGUUGCUUCAUUCUCGCUCCCAGUGCGAGCGCAGCUUAUCCAUGCAGAUCCUAGCGCAUGCUCUCUACCUAGUGGGCUAGUGAUGAUAGAAGGUGUACGGGAAGAAAUCACGAUUGUGGCGGGGGUGUACCCAGUCAAUGAGGACAGUGAAUUAGCUGAAAUCCCAGUAAAUGCAAAAAUCUAUUUUAGGAAGGAUGUGUCACAAGGUCACGCUAGCAAACGUAAAACAGACCAUAUAGCCAUGGACACAGAAGAACGUAUUUACGAGAAUAGUGCACCAUUAGAUCUGGAAGUGGAACUUCCGGUUCGUAUCAAAACGAGCAAAAAAUCAAAAGGACCUGGAAUAUUAGAUAAACUAAGUCUACGUUCAAAGGGCAAAAAGGAACGAGCAAGUCUGAAGCAGUUACAAGAGGAAGGAGUGUUUUCUUCCAGACUGACAAAGAGUGAUUUUAAUUUAGAAGCUUGCACGCAGGAUGACGAAGAGGAGGUUAGUGAAGAUAAUUUACAGAGAGAGACGACCGAGUCCCAAAGACCAGAAUACACAGACGAAAAAGAUCCAGUGUACCGUCCCUCUCAAUUCUCGCAAGAGGAUGCUAUUUAUCAAGGCAGAAAUCUCCCACCAAUUCCAAAAUCCCCGCAAGAGCGAGAACCAUUGUAUGAAGAACUUCCGGUAGCGCCACGCCCUCCAGCGGAUGAAAUUGCUCAUGGGUAUAAAGCUCAUGCAGAGGAUGAUGACUACAUGAGUCCUGCGCAAGUGAGAAGAAACAAGGAGAGAAGUGCCAUGUACAGUAAACCACCCAUUGCUCCGAGGAAUUCUACAAAGUCUAAAGACCUAAUCUAUAGAUCUCAAAAGGAAGACCCACUAGAUUUUGACAAAUUGUUUCCUUUUACGGAGGACGGGCGUGUGACACAAGUCAGUAGGCAGGAUACAGAACUUGAGGAUGGGCGAUCCUCUGCACGAGAUUUUGAAAUACCUCAAUAUCAUACAGCAGUCAACCCACGGACUACUGUCAGUGCUACUUACCGGGACAUGCGCACGCGUGCGGAUGAGCAUAAAAUGGACAGCGAUCCUUUCAAUUCCUUAACCCGGAUGCGGUCUCGGUCCCAUAAGAAUUUGCUAUUGGACGCGAAUGCAACAGUUCGUGGUCAUAAUAUAAGACAUGUUAAUAAUGUUAUGAGCGUGUUUAACUAUGAUGGAAUUAAUCCCCCUCUUCAGCAGACAGAUCCUCUCUUACCUCAAGAAUCCGUUCCACUCCGGGAAUUUAACCAUCGCUUGUCUCUGUUUGAGCCUGGGCAGUAUGACAGACGAUCUCUGUACGCCAUGAGUGAGCCGGGCAGUAAACGCUACCAGAGAUCGAUGUCAUCAAAUGGAAUUAAUGAGAUGAUGUCCAGACCGGAGGAGUCCGUGUUGUCAGGUGAUUACGGUUACCAUGGCGACAGUGAGUACAGUUAUGCGGAGUAUGGCGAGGAUUUUGAUGACGGAUGGCGACCCCCUGCUGACUUGUCUAAUCUAAGCGUACAGGAGGUGUCAAAGUCUCUACGGUACAUCGGAAUGAAGGACCGAGUGGUGAAGAGAUUAUCUAACGAACAGAUAGACGGUCAAUUACUGUGUUCUUUAGAUAAAAACCUGCUCCGUGAGGGCUUCCCGGAACUAAACGCCCUAGAUGUAAAGAAGAUAAUAGACUUCAUCAAUGGCUGGAGACCAAAGAAGUAACCCCGUCCAUUUAUGUGCGAAUUGUCUGUGAUAAAUCAUGUGUACAAAGUGUUUUAAUGUUAUACUUGUCAUAUCAAUGAUACGUGUACAUUUAUUUGUAUCAAUGCUGUGGUCCUGUUAUGUAUAUCUGGUGUCAUUUUUGAUAACUUGAUACAUGUACUGUGUAUUUCGUAUUUGUCUCGUAUCUCCCAUUCUUCGUCUCAUUACAAACAGGGUAUAGUGCAUUUAUAGGACAUUCUUGAUGAUGCAGCUGUGGUUUUGUUUGUAUACGUAGGUAUAAACAAUAUACCAAUGUUUUCUUUUAUUAUAAAAUUAAAUGAAAUAUCUGGCAUUAA